AUGUCGGAGCACCAAAUAAUCCUUUUGAUUUAUAAAAGAAUACUCGUUUACAUUUGGGAAUGGCAUACCUUAAUGUUAAGGUCUAAGGAGUUCCAAAACGCAGCUAAUGAAUUUCUGAAAGUAUUAGAAUUAGAACCAGAAAACAUAAUUGCAUUAAGAAAUUUAUCAGCUACAUACUGUCAUCUAAAUAAUAUGGUAUUGUCUGUUGAAGUAUACAAAAAGUGCUUAAACCUUCAACCUGAAAACUUUGAUAUUAAUUUAGAACUGGCUAUGAUAAAUUUGCAUAAUCUUAAAAACUAUCCAGAAACUAUAAUUUAUUUAAAAAAAUGUAUCAAAUUAAAUCCAGAAAGAGAAAAUGUAAAUCAGUGGAGUUCAAUCUUAGGUUUGGAUUUGACUAUAAACAGUAUUGUGUGUGAAAGGCAUUUCACACCCCAGGACAUACUCCAUCCCAACUUAUUGGUAAAUGGUUUGAAUUCAAAAUUAAAGAUAUUAGUGCCUUUUGCUUUGCCAGUACCAAUAAUGAAUGAUGUGCCUGAAUCGAGAAUCUAUUGUUCUAUACCUGGAUGCACAACUAAUGCUUUUGAAGAUAUUUCCUUUUUCACACCACAAAAUGAAGAUGUAAAUCAGUGGAGCUUAAGUUUAGGUUUGGAUUUGACUAUAAACAGUAUUGUGUGUGAAAGGCAUUUCAGACCCCAAGACGUGCUUCAACCUACAGUAAUGGUCAAUGGUGUUUGUAAAAAGAUCAAAGAAUUAAUACGUUUUUCUUUGCCAAUGCCAAUGAAUGCUGGUUUAUCAGCAUCUAAUGCAACACCAUUUAUACAAAAAUUAGAAACUAACGAUGGGCCUGUAUUUAGGACAAUAUAUGAUGUCAUGAAAUUCAAAAGAAAUAAACCUGAUAAUCUUUUGUGUACAAAAACAAUUAAAAACAAUGUACUAGAUAAAUCAUUAGCCACUAUCAAUAAAAUGUUUUCGUCUAAAAAUGAAAAUAAAGAGUAUACUGCGGUUAUAAAUGACACACAUGAAUACAAUACAACUUCUGAUUUAGAUCCAACAUUAAAAUUAAAUACUGUAAAACCAGUUAAUUUGUCGAUUGUGAAAAUUGAGCCUCUUGAUGAUGAUGAUUUUCAAAUAAAGUUGGAAACAGAACCAGAACUGAUACUACCAACAUUAGGAACGGAACAAGUUGAAUAUGAUGAUUUACUUCCAUUACCUUCAAUUGAUAAUUCUUUAUCAAUUUCAUUAAAAAAACUAAAAAACCUUUCAGCUAAUAGUUCGUUGUCCAUUACCUUGGAACCAAUUAAGAAUUUUAAAAUAACUACAAAUAAUAGUUGUCCGUCUGUUAGUUUACUACAUUGUCUUCCAUCCCCUUCAAGUAGUUCUGUGUAUAAUAUAUCACAACAAAGCUUGUUACAGUAUAAACAGAAAGCAACUUCAACCUUAAAAAUACCAGAUAAAUUGUCAUCUAAUACAGUUAUUUCUCCAGAAUCUAUUGAUAAUCGAUGUAUAUUAUUAAAACCUAUUUCUCCCACAACUAAAUCAAAUUCAUCUGAAUUGCCUGAAAUAAAGAAGAAUAAUGAUGAAGAUUUUAUAGAGAAAGAUAACGGAUUCAUUUAUAAAAUUUCUAAAAUGAUUGUACUUCCUAGUGUAUUUUGGUACAGUAUACAUGAUGAUUCACAAAAUUCAACUGUUUUUUCUCAACAAGACAAUUUGUAUGACACUGUAAAAACCAUUAGUUUUUUUAAUAGCAUUUUGCCAAAAAUACAAAUAUACGGAAAGACAUACAAAUAUGAUAAGCCUAUUAUAACAAAGAAUGAAUUACAAAAUCUUAUUGAACAAAUAGAUAAUAUUGAAAAAUGUUAUGGUUUUGAUUUAGUUAUCCACGACAAUUGUGUAGGUUAUUAUGAUAAAAGUACAGAAGAUAUUAUUUCAUGUUCUGUCUGUCAAGAGAAAUUAAAACAAUUGCACGAUUUAGUUGAGUCAUUGAUAUCUAUAUGUUUUAUAUCACAUGCGGACAUGCUAUUUGCUAAUAGUAUAUAG